UGCAGCAAUGAGCAUGCGCAGAAAAGAAACAUGGCGGACCAAAACACGACGGACAGCGGAGAGAAGUUUUACAGUGAAAUAUUAAGUCCAUCUGAGCUGUUUGCAGCGCGGUCCAGGAGUCACAAGAUCCCAGUUCGCGGUCAGAAAGAUUUCUUCCCCAACGACUCAGAGGAGCAGAGACGGCGUCUGGAGCAGAGCCUGGAGGAGCAUUGGGACCUUAUAUCAGAGGAGAGGGUGGAGAGGCUAGGAAACCUGGUGAGGGCGACAUGGAUUCCUAGUGAGCAGAUCGUGGAGCUUCAGACUCCAGCUGGAAAGUUUUGGCAGACGAUGGGUUUCUCCUGGGAUGGAAAGCAGCGUCUCCUCCCUGAAGAGGCUCUCUACCUCAUGGAGUGUGGAAACCUUCAGGUGUUUUAUCGAGGCCUUCCACUGUCCAUCCAGGAUGGCUAUGAGAUGUUUCUGUCCUCGAGCACAGUGAGCCUCCAGCAGUAUCAGGUGUUUGCACAUCUGAAGAGGCUUGGCUAUGUGGUGCACAGAUUCAAUCCAAGCUCAGAGCCAUCGCCUUAUGUGAGGCAGCUCAAUCUUCCUACGUCACGGGACAAAGCAUCAAGGCAACUGAAGAGGAAACGCAGCGCCAGCCCCACCCCUACCCCUACAACAACAUCCAGUCAAACUGAAUCAAAAGACGACUCUUCAGCUGACAGAAUGGAGGUGGAUCAGUGUAGCCAGGAGGACGACAAGGAUCAAAAGCUCCCUAAACCAGAACUAAAGACUGCUCCUCUGACCUCUGAGACUGUGGCUGCAAGUCCAGCAGAGAAAGACUCAGGAGUCAGGACCUGGUGGACGACGGAUCCUCAGGAGGACCAAUCAGAUCGCCAGCCUGUCUCUGCUUCCUCACGCUGGCUCUUCAGCUCUAUCUGUUUCCCGGACCUGGGCUCCACGGAGAGCCUCCCCGGCUGCCUGGCCCCUCCAGACCCCUCUCUGCUCCCGGGGUCUCUGGCUGUGGGAGUGUGUGAUGUCGCCACCUGGAGGGGGAGGAUAAACCUGCGGGAGGUGAAGCUGUCUGCAAAGGAGCAGCAGAGGGAGGAAGAGAGACGGAGACGGCAGUCUGAUAUCAACAUUGACAAAGAGGUUCAACGCUGCAGGAACUGGGCGGAGUAUCGUGAGCUCAUGGCGAAGCGGCAGGAGGAACGUAAAGGCCGACCAGCACAUUUAUGGAACACGGAGGUGACUCCUUUACACGACCCGAGAGAACAAAUCUCCACCGCUGAUCUUUUGGAAAAAAUCAGAGUGAUUCAACCUACAAAUUUACUUGAAGGAGCAUCCAGGUUAAAAGGUUCAGACAAGUGGAGGAUUUGUUUUAAUGUUUACCAGCCCGACACAGUGGCUGACUUCAAGAAGAGCAAGCCAGGGAAACCGUACUCCCGCAUGUGUGUGUGCAGUUUCAACGACCCCGUGCCGGACCUUCGAGCCAUCAAGCUGCUGGCCCAGCAGAGCGGAGACAUCCAGGUGGUUUGUGCCGUUGUCGACUACGGCGACAUCUCCUUCUACACCUUUAAAGACUUCCAGCUGCCCACUGAUGUUUAUCCCUAACACCUCACCGCUCUUAAGCAUCACUUUAUAAACUCCUCUGUGGACUUGUAGAUGAAGCUGUGGCCCGGCUGGACUUACGAAAAGGAAACGUAGCCAUUGACAAGGCCAUUACACAUGGAUCAGGAGGAAAAAGGGACAAAAGCUUAAUUUUAUCAUCUGUUCUAGUGUUCUAUCUGCUUCUAAUCAGUCAGAAAGCUGUGUCUCUCCUUAUUCAAACAAAAACACAUCAGAAUUCCUCUAUAUAAAUCAUGCCAUUUACUCACUAAAGUCUUUAGUGCAGAAGUUUCAGUACAGAGGAGUGAUGUUUUGGAAGAUCCUGCAUCCUUUUUUGUUAUUUUUUGAUUCUACCUCUAAAAGGUGCCAAAGUUUGAUCACUCUAAAUUUUGCACAGUGAAGUGAAUGAUAAUGUAACAAAAAUUCCUGCUUUUUAUGAAAAUAUGGGUUAAUCUUCCUUCUCCUUUGGCAGCAGGCCACAGUCAAACAGCACAUUUACAGGUUGUUGAAGGUUUGAUGCACUGCACUCCCAUUUUUAAAUAAACAAUGCCUUAA